AUGAUUUACUUGUCCCGCACAGCUCACUGGCAGUUCCUGGGCCUAAUGUUUGGGUUCCUGGCCUGGAUACUCAUCGUGACCACCACUGGCCUAAACGAUUGGCGUCUGUGGACUGUGGACAAUGUAUCUGUCAUCACCUCUGGCUUGGCAUGGGUGGGAAUCUGGAGGGCCUGUUUUUUUACUCACGCCCUCCCCAGUUUUGAGACCUGUCAGAGCAUCAGCAUCUCUGACUCAUUUGUCCCUGCGGAGAUCAUUGUGGCUCAGGUUCUGAUGGUACUGGCAGUGAUCAGCGGCCUUGCAGGAAACAUCAUUGCUGCUCUGGCUAUGAGGAUGGCUUACUUCUCUGUGGAGGACCGUAAGAACAUAAAGCUGUUUUUUCGGCUUGCAGGGACCCUGUAUUUGCUGACAGGGGGUAUGUGUUUAACACCGCUGAUUUGGAACGUGACCUCUGUGCGCAACAACAGAACCAUAGACUUUCCUCCUGAGUUUAACUUCCCUGCAGCUCCUGUGAAGCAGCAGGUCGGCUCUGCUGUUGGAGUGGGCAUCUUCGCCUCCAUAAUGAUGCUCAUAAGUGGGCUGCUUUUCCUCUGCUACCGUUACGCCUGGAAGACCCUUGGCCCCACAAACAGCACAGACACAACCCAGGCACAGAGGUCUGAUUGGCCAAAUGGACUGAACCAGGGCAUAGAUAAUCCUGCAUUUCACACUGAAGAAAUGUCAUGA